AUGCCACUUGCAAAAGCAAAGGGUGUUGGGGGUUGGGCGGAUGUGGGGAGUGCAGUGGCAUUGGGUGUUGGGGGUUGGGCGGGUGCGGUGGCAUUGGGUGUUGGAGUUGGGGCCUGGUUGAAUUUAUACAUCUGUGGCCCCGCUCAACCCUUCUUCACCCUGAACCCCCUCAAACCAUCCUACGAGAAACUCUGCAUCGGGAUCAAUCACGAGUGCACUCUCUCCAUUCACGACGCCAAAACCACUACCACUGGUAGACGAGCAACCCUCCCGGCACAGUCUGGCUCUGACCUCGGGAGUGCCAAUUAUGUGGUGAAUGUGGGCCUCGGCACUCCCUACAAAGAUUUCUCCCUCAUCUUUGACACUGGUAGCGAUCUUGCAUGGCUCCAAUGUGAGCCGUGCAUUGGCUCUUGCUAAGCUGCAACCGGUAACACCCCGAGAUGCUCCUCCUCGACCUGCGUCUAUGCUCAGUCAUAUGGGGAUGGCUCGUUUUCCUUUGGGUUUUUCGGGAACAACACCCUCGCCCGCCUCACCUUGACAAGCUCAGAUGUGGUGCCCUCCUUCCUGUUUGGGUGCGGCCAAUGCAACAAAGGGCUGUUCGGACGCACCGCCGGCCUACUAGGGCUGGGUCGUGAGAAGCUCUCUUUAGUGUCCCAGACCAGAGGGAAAUAUGGGGCUGUAUUCUUCUAUUGUCUGCCCACUCCAAGCUCCCAGAGGUACCUCACGCUGGGCCCUGAAACAACUGACUUGCAUCAUGGUUCGCUCUCUCCUCAAUUCACACCAUUGUUGACCAACCUGCGAGCUCCCUCCUUGUAUUUUCUGGGUCUCGAGGCAAUCAGCGUGGUGGGUCAUAAGUUGGCAGUGUUUGAGAAUUCAGGCACCCUGAUAGACUCUGGUGCUGUGAUAACUCGUCUGGCCCCUGCAGCUUAUGAAGCGAUGAGAACUGCUUUCCAGAAGUUGACGUCUGAAUACCCUUCAACAGAGCCACUGUCCAUGCUGGAUACAUGCUACAACUUCAGAGGUUAUGAAGAUGUGACCAUCCCAAGUAUAGGCCUGCAUUUUGGGGGGGGAGUUGAGGUGGAUGUGCAUCCGUCAGGCAUCCUGAUUGGGGCAAGCACGGAGCAGGUAUGCUUGGCUUUUGCCAGCAAUGAAGAUAUAAAGGAUGUGGCUAUCAUUGGGACCAUGCAGCAGCAGACACAUAAGGUUGUCUAUGACCUGCCCAAUGCUAGGAUCGGAUUUUCACCUGGAGCUUGUAGCUGAUCUCCUUUUUUUGGCUCGUUUUUGUAUAGGGUACCCGGUAAGGGUGCCUCAAUUGUUGUACACUUUACUUUAAUACGAUGUAAGUGAAUAUUCUCAAAAAACACUAUUCAAACCAGUUUAGUAUAAUUAUGACAGUCAUUGCAUA